GGGGGAUACAGCGGCAAUGCUCCGGUAGCUCCCCAAUUUUCCUGGAUUCUCUCUUCUGUGUGCGUCCUCUGAAUAUUCGUGGAGGAAUUGUUUCAUAGCUCUGCCACGCUUCCACGAUCAAGCGAUUCUCCCUGGCAGCGUUUUGAAGCAAGAAAUUGUUGCUGUGUCGAAAGACUCCAUCAAAGAUGAGCUGGUUGACUAUCUUCUACGUCUGGUCCGGUGUGACAGGUCUGUUGUUCCUGGGAGUGCUUGGUGUCGUGAUUCACGAUGUCAUUCUAUGGAAACGAAUGCCGCCAGGGCCUCAGCCUUUGCCAUUCAUCGGUAACAAAUUGGACGUUCCAGCCAAGUACCCAUGGAUUCAGUUUCAGGAAUGGUCGAGGAAAUACGGGCCUAUUUACACCUUGUGGUUCGGUCGGCGGCCGACUGUGAUCAUUUCUGAUCCCAAUGUGGCGGUGGAUUUGCUCGAGAAGCGCUCCCACAAGUACAGCUCGCGCCCUCGUUUCGUUGCCAUGGGGGAGAUCUUCUGGGAUAUGAGCAGUAUCCUCGUGCAACCAUACGGAAAAGACUGGUCUGUACGUCGGAAAGCCCUGCACAGUGUGCUCACCCAGAAAGCGCUUCAGCACUAUAAACCCGUCCAGGAAGCCGAAGCCGCACGUCUCUGUCAUCAACUCCUCGAGCAUCCAGAAGACUUGGACAAUCUCCUGAACCGGUUCACGGCAUCGAUCGUGUUUACCAUCGCCUAUGGACACCGUAUUGACAGUAUGCAAUCGCCGAUCAUCCGCCAACGGAUGAAGAUCAUGCAUUGGAAUGCUGCCCUCAAUGUCCCCGGUCGGUAUCUUGUUGAGUCAUUCCCCAUUCUCAAGCAUGUCCCCGAUGCUUUGGCGCCUUGGAAGCGAGAAAUCAAAUCCUGGGGCAAGGAAGAAGAGCAAGCCAACGCCCAAUUGCUCGACUACGUCCGCGAGGAUAUUGAAAAUGCAAAGAGACCCGGUGCUCCGCCGCUUCCCAACAGUCUGGCCAAGCAGCUGCUGGAGAACCGCGCUGCAGAUCCUUCUGCAUUCGCCCUUCUGCGCGAAAGGGACUUCGCGAGUUUACCGGCCUCGGUAUUUGGCGCAGGCGCAGACACCACGGCAUCGACCCUGUCUUCCGCGAUUCUGGCCAUCAUCAAUAACCAAGAAGUCCUCGCGGCCGCGCACGCCGAGCUCGACGCGGUGAUCGGCCAAGACCGCCUGCCGGGCUACACGGACGAAGCCUCACUUCCGUACAUCAAAGCCAUCUGCAAGGAAGCCCUUCGCUGGCGCCCCGUGGCCGUGCUGGGCGGCACACCGCACGCGAGCACGGAAGCAGACACCUACAACGGCUACUACAUUCCCAAGGGCACCAACAUCCUCGGCAACAGCUGGGCCAUCAACCUCAACGAGCGAUACUACCCGAACCCGGACCACUUCAACCCGCUGCGCUUCCUCGACGUCGACGACCCGGCCUCGCUGGGCUACCUGCCCAAGGAAUACCUCGCGUCCACGCCCCUGGAACGCGGUAACCCCCACCCCUCGAAGCUGGGCCACUCGUCGUUCGGCUGGGGCCGCCGCAUCUGCCCUGGCGCCGACCUGGCCUCGAACAACCUGUACAUCGCCAUGGCGCGCGUGCUGUGGUGCUUCGACAUCCGCCCGACCAAGGGCUACGUGUACGACACGUACGACUACACGGACGGCUUCAACAUCCGCCCCAACGGGUACAAGUGCGACAUCACCAUCCGGAGCGAGCGCCACAUGCAAGUGCUGGAGAAGGACUACCAAGAGGCCCGGGAUUAUCUGAUGCGGCAUUUCCCCUUGUUCAAGGAGCACGAGAUUGUGGUGUGAGAGGUGGUAAGUGAGUGAGUGGCACGAGGAUAGAGAGUAGCUGUCUUUGAGGUCGGAGGGUGUUGGCUCCACUAGCGACGAGGCUGAGAAUUGUAGAUAUUUUGCGCAUCGACACACAAUCAGGCAGGCGAGACUGAUCUUUGUCGACGAGCGUAUGUCGCUCGCAAGGGGAGAAGAUCAUGAACCUAGACGACUUGCACUUUUGGGCUUUCCAAUAGAUUCGCUUGCCGGAAAAAGACUGCCAUCUGAAAAAGACGCCAAUUAGAUCACCUUCACGGCUCUCAAGCAUCUCGUGAAGCAAGGCUAACUCAGCCCGCGUCCUGCAUGCGUCGGAUCCGCGCCUCAGCGGCCCUUGCCCUCCGUUCCCUCUCCAGCCUCAUGCGCAUUUCGGGGGUUAAUCCGCGC